AUGGGGAUUUCUUCGGAGAUGCAGAACAAGGCUGCUACGGAGGCUGCACAAAAGAGAUGGACUCUGAGUGAUUUCGACAUCGGAAAGCCUCUUGGUAGAGGGAAAUUUGGUCAUGUCUACCUAGCAAGGGAAAAACAGAGUAAUCACAUUGUGGCUCUAAAGGUUCUUUUUAAGAGCCAGCUUCAACAAUCUCAAGUUGAACAUCAGCUUCGUAGGGAAGUAGAAAUUCAGUCUCAUCUUCGCCAUCCCAAUAUUCUGCGACUCUAUGGUUAUUUCUAUGAUCAGAAAAGAGUUUAUUUGAUUUUAGAGUAUGCAGCUAGAGGUGAACUUUACAAAGAGCUUCAGAAAUGCAAAUACUUUAGCGAACGUCGAGCAGCAACCUAUGUUGCGUCAUUGGCAAGAGCCCUCAUCUAUUGCCAUGGAAAGCACGUAAUACACAGAGAUAUAAAACCAGAAAACCUACUGAUUGGUGCUCAGGGUGAGCUCAAGAUUGCAGACUUUGGAUGGUCAGUACACACAUUCAACCGCAGAAGGACUAUGUGUGGCACUCUGGAUUACCUUCCACCUGAGAUGGUGGAAAGCGUUGAACACGAUGCUAGUGUCGAUAUCUGGAGUCUUGGAGUUCUCUGUUAUGAGUUUCUUUAUGGUGUUCCUCCUUUUGAGGCCAGGGAGCAUUCAGACACAUACAGAAGGAUUGUGCAAGUAGACCUCAAGUUCCCUCCCAAACCCAUUGUGUCUUCAUAUGCAAAGGAUUUGAUUAGCCAGAUGCUUGUCAAGGAGUCAACGCAACGUUUGGCCUUGCACAAACUUCUGGAGCAUCCAUGGAUUGUGCAGAACGCAGAUCCUUCAGGGAUUUACAGAGGUUGA